UUCGAUGGGGGACAGCAAUGCACCGCACCACAAUUACAAGAUGUUCAAGUGCUUCAACCGGAAGUUCAAGGCCAGCGAGGCCGGCCCGCCGCCCGACGUCAAGGCGGUGUUCGCCGAGUACGCGCAGGGCGGGGACCGGAUGUCCGUCGACCAGUUCCGGAGCUUUCUGGUCGAGCACCAGGGCGAGUCGGCCCUCACUAUCUCCGACGCGCAUACUAUCCUCCACCAGUUCACGACCCGCCACCCGGGCGAGGCCGCGCAGCACAAGAAGCACGCGGGGGGACUCUCUCUCGAGGAUUUCUUUCAUUUCUUGUUCCUUGAAGAGUUCAACGCCCCAAUCAGAAGUCAGGUACACCAUGAUAUGAAUGCUCCAGUAUCACAUUACUUCAUAUAUACAGGGCAUAAUUCCUACCUUACUGGGAAUCAACUGAGCAGUGAUUCCAGCGAUGUCCCAAUCAUCAAGGCAUUGCAAAAGGGUGUUAAAGUAAUUGAACUUGAUCUGUGGCCAAACUCUGCAAAAGAUGAUGUUCAAGUUUAUCAUGGAAGGACCUUGACCGCUCCUGUGACGCUAAUCAAAUGCUUGAGGUCGAUAAAAGAACAUGCUUUUGAUAAAUCACCAUACCCCGUUGUUAUAACUUUUGAAGAUCACCUUACUCCCAACCUUCAGGCUAAAGUUGCAGAGUUGGUUAUCAAAACAUUUGGAGACACGCUGUAUUAUCCGGAGGCAGAAGACCAAAUGGUAGAAUUCCCAUCACCCGAAUCCUUAAAAAAGCGAAUUAUUAUCUCAACAAAACCGCCAAAAGAAAGCAGCGGAUCAAAGAUCAAGGGCAAGGGUAGUGGAAGGUCUUCAUCUGAAGAGAGUGGCAGUGAUCAAGAUGGCGACGCUAUCAACAGUGCUAAUGCAGCUGAAGCCAAAUCAUACCAACAAUCAGCGCCUGAGUACAAGCGUCUCAUAACAAUCCGCGCUGGAAAACCAUCUGGUGAAUUAAAGGAUGCUCUAGCAGUCGGUGAUAAGGUUAGACGUCUUAGUUUGAGUGAAGGAAAACUUGAAAAGGUGGCUGAAGAUCAUGGAACUGAUGUCGUAAGGUUCACACAGAAGAAUAUUCUAAGGGUGUACCCGAAAGGAACACGAUUCAACUCCUCAAAUUACGAACCACAUGUUGGCUGGAUGCAUGGAGCUCAAAUGGUUGCAUUUAAUAUGCAGGGAAAGGACAAGUACAAUUGGCUGAUGCAUGGGAUGUUUAAAGCCAACGGAGGGUGUGGUUACUUAAAAAAGCCGGACUUUUUGAUGUGCAAGGGUCCGAAAGGCGAGGUAUUCGAUCCUAAAAACGCCUUGAAAGUGAAAAAGACAUUGAAGGUGAAAAUAUACAUGGGAAAUGGAUGGCACUUGGAUUUUAGCCGAACGCACUUUGAUUCCUUCUCCCCACCCGACUUCUACACAAAGGUCUAUAUUGUUGGAGUGCCAGCAGAUUGUGGUAAAUUCAAAACAAAGAUAAUUGAGGAUGAUUGGAUACCUGUAUGGGACGAAGAGUUUGCAUUCCCUAUGACUGUUCCGGAGCUUGCCAUACUCCGGUUAGAAGUCCGGGAGUAUGACAGGUCGGAGAAAGAUGAUUUUGGCGGGCAGACGUGUCUGCCCGUCUCCGAGCUGAAGCCCGGAAUCAGGGCAGUCCCCCUGUAUGAUAAAAAGGGGGAGAAAUACAAAUCUGUAAGGCUUCUAAUAAGGUUUCAUUUUGAGUGAAAAGUCAGAACAAUGUCGAUAGCAUCACAUCAGGACAAAAGCACUUCCCCUUACAGCAUGAUUAAGCUGUAUGCAGGUGGUAUGUGUAAUUAGUGAGAAUGUUAAUUAUGUUUUUAGCUUUUGAUUUCGAUUGAAGCCAUGACUUUGACUCAUGAGUUUUGCUAGUGGGAUCUUACUAACUUUAAUCAUCA